CCUGCCUUUUGCUCUACCCCAGACAUUGUGCCAAGCGUGUGUCCCUGCUCCUGUGACACAUCUGGCCAACAUGUCCAUGUUCAGCACGGGCAUCCUGGUGCUCACCUCUCCCCUCCACACCCUCCCCCUGCGCAUUGCCCCUGUACUCAGCUCGGCUGCCCAGGUGGUGGAGCGCACCCUCUACGUCCAUCUCCAUCCAGGCCUGAACCUGGGUGUUGGCGGGGGCCAGCCCAGGCCCGUCUUCAUCCCGCCCGUGGUGGAUCUGUCCAGCCUUAUCACCGGGCUCUACAGCAAUGCUGCCAAUGUGUGCGGCCACCUGGACGUACGAGUGCUCCUCACCAACGUCCGCGCCCAGCCCAACAAUGCCUCCAGCCCAGAGACAGGUGGGACAGGGGUAGCAUGUAACCCCUUCCCUUCCCCACAGCCCCUCUCCCACUCGCCCGAGGUGGUGCUAACAGACUUCGCCCUGCAGGACCCAGGCCAGUCCCCGCUGGUGGCCCAGUGUCUGCAGAGGUACACGGGCUACUGUUACGUCUGCACGCCCGGCUUGGCCUCGGUGCUGCUCCACCCGCAGCUGCAGAAGCUGGAGGAAGAGGUAGAGAAGGAGGGCCAAAAGGACGACUGGGAUAGUAGGUCGGAGCGCAUGGAGACUUACAGUGAGGUGGUUGUAGGGGGAACGUUCGACCGCCUCCACGGGGCGCACAAGACGCUGCUGAACAUCUCUUGCCUCUUGGCGAACAAGCGGUUCCUUAUCGGGGUGUGUGACCAAGAACUUCUAAAAAAGAAGGUGCUAAAGGAGCUAAUCGAACCAUAUGCUCUGCGGGUGCAGCGGCUCCAUGAGUUCCUGCAGGACGUCAAGCCCUCGCUGCAGUACGAGAUCGUGCCCCUUUCGGACCCCUUUGGACCCUCUGUUAUUGAUGCCCAGCUGCAAUGCAUUGUGGUUAGCGAGGAGACCCGCAGGGGAGGCGAGGCUGUGAACAAGAAGCGCCUCGAAAACGGUCUUCCAGGACUGGUACUGCACGAGAUCCAGCUGCUGAAGGAUGCCCACCACACUGAGAUGGAGGAGGAGAAGAUCAGCUCCUCCAGCCUCCGCUCACGCCUCCUGGGGACACUCCUCACAGACCCAGAACAGAACAAGUCCCAUCUCCCCCUGGUGCCCUAUGUGAUUGGCCUGACCGGGAGCAGUGGCAGCGGGAAGAGCUCCAUUGCCCAGCAGUUGGAGGCCAUGGGUGCGGUCCGCAUCGACAGCGACCAGCUGGGCCACGAGACCUACCAGCCGGGGGAAGUUGCCUACAACAGGGUGCUGGAGGAGUUUGGAUCAGGUGCGGAUCUUAUUAACGAGGACAAAACUAUCAACAGACGCGCACUAGGCAGGAAAGUUUUUGGAAACAAGGAGAGGUUGAAAGCCCUCACUGACAUUGUGUGGCCGGAGAUAGCUGUACUCGUCAAGGAAAGGAUCCAACAGGCCCGAGAGGAAGGUAAACAGGUGUGUGUGGUGGACGCGGCUGUGCUGCUGGAGGCCGGCUGGACGGACAUCGUGCACGAGGUCUGGGUCGCCGUCAUUCCUGAGGAAGAGGCGGUGUCUCGGAUCACGGCGAGGGACGGCGUCAGCCAAGAGGAUGCUGUGCGGCGGCUGCAGAGCCAGUGGCCCAACACGCAGCAGGUGGAGCAGGCCAACGUGGUGCUCUGCACUCUGUGGGAGCCCGAGAUCACCCAGAAACAGGUACGGAAGGCCUGGGAUCUUCUUCAGAAGCGGAUCCAACAGAGUCGGGAAGGAGCCAAGCCACCGUCCUGAGUCAGACCUCCGCGCGCACACACACACACACCACAACAGUGAACUGCACACAUACCGACUGUAAGCCCUGCAAGGGACGAGGGUGGCUCCAAAACAGCCAGGGUGCAAUCAUGUUAGGGACGCGUCUGCCUUAAAAAGAGCGCCACAGCGGUUGCUUUGGUGUGCCUGCAAAAGACGCUGGAGCCAUACCGGUGAACAUUAGAAACAGUUUCAAUUUAAACAGUUUCUCCGUCUCAAUGCGCAUCAGCCAAUUAAAAUGAAUAGAACGCUACAAUGUAACUGGUCCCAUCAGAUAACCUGGCACACCUUAGCCCUAUGCUAACCUCACCAGAUGACUGAUUAUUUCCUGGAACAAAAUCCCUCAUCAGCCUAUCAAAGAUCUUUAGACUUUAUUUCCACCAACCAAUAGACAUGUUGGUUGUUUAGCAACAAAGUUUAGCAACAAAACCGACAAGUACGGGGCAGAACUUAGAUUGUUGACAACAUGUAAACUAAUUUUGUCCAAUAUUUAUUGAAGUACAUUAAUACAUUUGCACAACUUUGAUCCAUAUUAGCAUAGACGUGACAUCAGUCAACACCUCAAAACAAGACAUUGUAUCAAGAACAAGAUAAAACUAGCUGA